AUGUUAGCCGUGGGGCAGAUGGAGGCUAACCGCCCGGGCGCCUUCGUGCUGAGCAGUACGCCGCUGGCCGCGCUGCACAACAUGGCCGAGAUGAAGACGUCGCUCUUCCCCUACGCCCUACAGAACCCGGCCGGCUUCAAGGCGCCCGCCCUGGGCAGCCUCAACGCGCAGCUGCCGCUCGGCACCCCGCACGGAAUCAGCGACAUCCUGGGCCGGCCCGUGGCGGGCGCCGCCGCCGGCAACCUCCUCACCGGCCUGCCCCGGCUGAACGGACUGGCCAGCGCCGCCGCGGCGGGGAUGUAUUUUAACCCGGCGGCCGUCUCCAGGUAUCCCAAGCCCCUGGCCGAGCUGCCCGGGCGGCCGCCUAUUUUCUGGCCCGGAGUUAUGCAGGGAUCGCCCUGGAGGGACCCCAGGCUCGCCUGUCCCGCCCAGGCUGGGAUGGUUUUGGACAAAGAUGGCAAGAAAAAACACUCCCGACCGACUUUCUCAGGGCAGCAGAUUUUUGCUUUGGAGAAAACCUUUGAGCAAACGAAAUAUCUGGCCGGACCAGAAAGGGCCCGCCUCGCUUACUCGCUGGGAAUGACCGAAAGUCAAGUCAAGGUGUGGUUCCAGAACCGGAGGACCAAGUGGCGGAAGCGGCAUGCCGCCGAGAUGGCCUCGGCCAAGAAGAAGCACGACUCCGAGACGGAGAAGCUGAAGGAGAGCUCGGAGAACGAGGACGACGACGAGUAUAACAAGCCACUGGACCCCAACUCCGACGACGAGAAGAUCACACGGCUCCUCAAGAAGCACAAGGCCGCCGCCGCCGCCGCCGCCGCCACCGCGCCACUGGCCCUGCUCAGUCCCUGCAGCAACGCCUCGGAGCCCUCGUGA